AUGGCAAUUACAGAUGACGAGAACAAUCACUUACGUGCAAAUGCCUCUCCGACGACCAGUGCAAUACGAUUCACCAUAGUCGAUCACAAUCACCCUCUUUACCUACAACCUACAAAUACUCCAGGUUUUGUUGAUGGAAAGUACCCUAAGUCUAAAUUUAAACCUGAACUACAUGACCGAUGGGAAAAGGUGAAUGCUGUAGUUUUGUCGUGGAUAAUGAAUGUAGUACGACCAGGAUUGCUAAGUAGUGUUGUAUAUGCAUCCAAUGCUCACAAGGUCUGGGAAGAUUUAAAGGAAAGGUUUAAUAAAGUGAAUGGCUCUAGAGUCCUUUAUCUUCACAGGGAGAUUCAUACCCUUAUUCAGGGGACUAUGACUGUUGCUGAUUACUUCUCUAAGCUUAGAGAUUUGUGGGAUGAAUUUGAUGCACUCAUGCCUUGCCCUGGGUGUCCAUGUCCAGAAUCUAAGAAGUAUGCUGCUCACUCUGAAUAUCAUAAACUUCUAUAG